CAAGUGCGUUCAGAAAUACGACUUAUAUCUAUGGUGUUGGCAACAUUGGUGUUGAGGUUAUGCAUACGUCAAUGUAGCUGUCAAACGCACGUGAAUUUGUAAAUAUGCCCUUAUGUUCGGCGAAUUGUGGCUCAAACGCUAUAUUAAAACGACCCAAAACCGGCGAUGCUUUGUGCAAGGAAUGUUUUUUUGAAGCGUUUGAAAAUGAAGUGCAUUUUACUAUAACUAAAGCUAGAUUAUUUGAGCCGGGGAAAACGGUGGCGAUUGCAGCAUCGGGGGGUAAAGAUUCGACUGUUUUAGCGUACGUUUUAAAGCUUUUAAACGAGAAGUUCAAGUACAAUUUAAAGUUGGUUUUAUUGUCCAUAGAUGAGGGUAUUACAGGGUAUAGGGAUGACAGUUUGGAUACUGUGAAGAAGAAUAGGGAUGAUUAUGAGAUGCCUUUGAAAAUUAUGUCAUAUAAGGAUUUGUAUGGGUGGACCAUGGAUGAAAUUGUGGCAGAAAUUGGUAGAAAAAACAAUUGCACGUUUUGCGGCGUUUUUAGGAGGCAAGCUUUGGAUAGGGGGGCAAAUUUAUUAAAGGUGGAUUACCUGGCAACAGGGCACAAUGCUGAUGAUAUAGCAGAAACUGUUUUAAUGAAUAUAUUAAGGGGUGAUUUGGCUAGGUUAAAUAGGUGUACAUCUAUAAUAACAGACAGUGGUGAUGGGAUUCCCAGAGUCAAGCCUUUAAAGUAUACAUACGAAAAAGAGAUUGUUAUGUAUGCAUAUUUCAGAAAGUUAAUUUAUUUUUCUACAGAAUGUGUAUUUGCGCCAAACGCCUAUAGAGGGCAUGCAAGAGUUUUACUGAAGGAUUUAGAAAAAAUUGAUCCUUCAGUUAUAAUGAAUAUUAUACAAUCAGGAGAAUCUCUAAAGGUAAAUGAAACAGCAAAUAUGCCAACACUGACAAAAUGUUCGAGAUGCAAUUAUGUUUCCUCGCAAACUGUUUGUAAGGCCUGUGUUCUUCUUGAAGGCCUCAACAAAGGACUACCAAGGUUAGGAAUAGGAAAAUCUAGCAAAGUAAAACGAAUUCUGGAAGAAAACGAAAAAAAAAAUUGUGAUUCAACAAGUUGUUGCAGGACUAACAACUGCAAAAAGGACAUUGAAGGUGUGGAAAAAUGCACUGAUAAACUAUCUUCAGUUAAUUUAAUUAAAUAAAAUAUAUACACAAUUAACACCACUUGUUUUCGUUUUAAAUUAAUUUAUGCGGGU